AUGCCCGAAGCAACAGCUAACACACGUCAUGAGCCCGAGGACCCAAGUGAGGAGGGUUCCGUCGGCCUGCCAGAUCUCGGCGACAGCAUUGAUGCCUUGACCUUCGAGCAAAUCCUGGAGAUGGACGAUGAUGAGGAUGACCGGGAGUUCAGCAGAUCGAUUGUGUUCAGCUUCUUUGAACAAGCUGAGCAGACGUUCAAGAAAAUGGAUGACGCACUAGAGAAGAAGGAUCUCGCAACACUUUCGUCGCUUGGUCAUUUCCUGAAGGGUUCAUCCGCCACACUUGGUUUGACAAAGGUUAAGGACAGCUGCGAGAAGAUCCAGCACUACGGACAGAAGAAAGACGAUGAAGGAACUGAGGACGAACCAGACGAGGACAAAUGCUUGGAGAGAUGUAAGGAUACACUGGUGACCGUCAAGGAGGAAUAUGCCGAGGUCGAGAAAGUCCUGAAGAAGUUCUACGGCAGCUGA